AUGUCUGGGGAGAUCGCAAUCAGAGCUGCACCCAACGCUUACAGCUGCACCCAACGCUCAGAGCUGCACCCAACGCUCAGAGCUACACCCAACGCUCAGAGCUACACCCAACGCUCAGAGCUGCACCCAACGCUCAGAGCUGCACCCAACGCUCAGAGCUACACCCAACGCUCAGAGCUACACCCAACGCUCAGAGCUGCACCCAACGCUCAGAGCUGCACCCAACGCUCAGAGCUACACCCAACGCUCAGAGCUACACCCUCAACGCUCAGAGCUGCACCCAACGCUCAGAGCUACACCCUCAACGCUCAGAGCUACACCCAACGCUCAGAGCUGCACCCAACGCUCAUAGCUGCACCCAAUGCUCAGAGCUACACCCAACGCUCAGAGCUGCACCCAACGCUCAGAGCUGCACAACGCUCAGAGCUGCACCCAACGCUCAGAGCUGCACAACGCUCAGAGCUGCACCCAACGCUCAGAGCUGCACCCAACGCUCAGAGCUGCACAACGCUCAGAGCUGCACCCAACGCUCAGAGCUGCACCCAACGCUCACAGCUGCACAACGCUCAGAGCUGCACCCAACGCUCAGAGCUGCACCCAACGCUCAGAGCUGCACCCAACGCUCAGAGCUGCACCCAACGCUCAGAGCUGCACCCAACGCUCAGAGCUGCACCCAACGCUCAGAGCUGCGCCCAACGCUCAGAGCUGCACCCAACGCUCAGAGCUGCACCCAACGCUCAGAGCUGCACCCAACGCUCAGAGCUGCACCCAACGCUCACAGCAACCAAGACCCAGCCACGGAUGAAGCGGAAGAAAAUGGAUGGAUGGAGAAAUAUCUCCAGGUUUAAAAGUAUAAUAAGAGGAUUUUAG